AUGCGCGCGCUGUGCUUGCUUCUUCUCCUGACAAAAAUGAGACCACUGAGAAAUGAUGGGGAGGUUGGCUGUGGCAACCUGACGGCAAAACGAAGCCUGGACUUGGAGCAUGCGGAAAAGGCAUGGGACGAGUGGGAGAUCCACUGCCUGAUCCUCGUGAGCCUUUCCUUGCAAGUCUUCCUCUCCCUCACGGCGGACCUGCGGAGGCGCAGCGCGUCGCGCGUGCUGAGCAAUGCCCUAUGGCUUGCCUACGUGUCGGCCGACAGUGUGGCAGUCUUCAUUCUCGGCCACCUCGCGGUCCACGCGCAGGGGCGGAGCCACCACCUCAUGCUGUUCUGGGCGCCGUUCGUGCUGGUCCACCUGGGCGGGCAGGACAGCAUCACGGCCUUCUCCAAGCAGGACAACGAGCUGUGGACGAGGCACCUGCUGGGCUUGGUCACCCAGACAGCGGUGGCCGGGUACGUGGUGUCCAGGUCGUCUUGGCCGGAUGCUCGGCUCAGGGCUGCCAUGGUGCUCAUAUUCCUUUGUGGAUUCCUCAAGUACGCCGGUCGCACCUUCUACCUUUACUCAGCCAGUCCAAUGAGUCUCAGGGCUUUAUCCAUGGUUAGUUUGUCACUUAGGCUAGGCUGGUUUCUGCAAGAUGACGCGAAUCGAGAUGCUAAAGAAAGGUUUGAAGAGAUGUUGGUUGAUGACAUCAUGUUGGUUGAUGCUCUGGAUGACAUCAGGUUGGUUGAUGAUCUGGAUUAUGUUGUCGCCUUAGCUAAAUCCGAGGUGCUGGGGAAGAUUGAGGAUAGAACAUGCUACCUGUACGCGGCCGCAUCUCUGGGACAAUCCUACCAAUUGCUCUACACCAAAGCACCACUUUCAAAAAUCUUGGGUUAUCGGGUUCCCAAAACUACGGGUAUUCUCAUUUACACCCUCUUCCAGAGCAUUUCAACCGCGAUAGCCCUGGUGCUCUUUGCGUCUGCUCAAAAGGAGGGACAUCACAGUAAAGCAGACAUCAUCGUGUCCUACAUAUUGCUUGUUGGGGCCUUAGUCCUGGAUCUGCUGCCUGCAUGCACGUCCAUUGUCUCCUAUGUGAGAAAACCAUUUCGUCCUAGAACGGUGGUAGAAUGUCCAGGCUGGCGCACAAGAAAGCAGUGGUCAGAAGAGCUAGCACAAUACAGCAUGAUAAAGAGGUACACUAGUGUGCAGGGCUACUACGCAUGCCUUACUACAUCCUUCUGGAGCAGGAUCCUUAAACGUACACCCUUUGCUACCUGGUGUGUCGAGCUCCUUGACUUAAAACGCACACCAGUUACUGAUGAUCUCAAGAAGUUCAUCCUCGACAAGUUGUUAUUUCGGCAGACCACGAGACAAGAGUGGAACUUUGCCAGCUUCCGUAGUGAGAGAGCACUUGACAAGUGGAUGGACAGCCAUCGAGUUCCAGAACUAGCUGAAAGGUCAGGCUAUGUACUGCACAAGAGCCUCAGCAGAAGAGCUGAGUUCCCAACAAGCGUGCUCAUGUGGCACAUUGCAACGGACAUCUGCUACUACUCAGAGGACAAUGGACCUGAUAAAACCAAGACGAGGAAGAAGCUGAGCAGAGAGAUAUCGCAUUAUAUCAUGUACCUGGUGUUCAAGUGCGAUGUCAUGCUUACACGUAACUCCCGGCUUAUGCACACGAAAGUUCAUGAAGAACUCGCAAAAUUCUUUUCACAUGAUCAUCUAGAUGAGAAAAAAACUACGAUGAUGUUGUUUGAAGCUAUGAAGAAAAAAUUUGUAGAAGCACAUCGACUUUACUCGACACAGGAGGUGGCCAACGACGAUGCUGCUGCUGCUACCUCCGGUGCGAUAGAGGAACUUCUGUUGACGACAGUGGGAGCGCUUCAAACUCCAGUGCAGCCUCUAGCCAGUGUUCUGGCCCAGGAGCUGAUCUCCAUCCAAGACGAAGCUAGGCGCUGGGAACUCAUCUGGGAGGUGUGGCUGGAGAAGUUUUUCUACAUGGCGCCUCAUUGCGGGGCCGCUUUCCACUACGAGCAUCUCAGCACCGGUGGGGAGUUCAUCACGCAUGUUCUCCUUCUCAUGCGUUCUAUAUAUAGUAUAUAG